GCGAUGGCAUCAUAUUCACAGAUAAGUAACGUCAUGAGCGGUAUGCAGCUGAGCUAGCUCCACGGCAGGCAGGCACCACACAUACACACAAUCACAUCACACAUAACAUACAAAGUGGACGUAUGUAUCGAUAUCGAUAUCGUGUCCCUGUCGGACGCCAACCAAACCAGCUCAGACAGAGACUUCAUUCAUUCAUUCAUUCAUUGACUACAACUGACACAUACAUACAACACCAUACCGUAAGAGAGUCACCCACUCGCCAAUCGCCCAAAACCUUCACAGUAUUCAUUCGACUAGGAUCACCCAACAAACAAAGAAACAUCACAUCAAAGGCACACCAUACCACAACGCAAGACAACACACCAUAACACACCACACCUCGCACACAUGCAGACACGCACACGAAGGAGAAAAAGACAGAGAUGGAGACAAAGUGUGUAGAAGUAGAAACCAGCAGGCAGGGAGGGAGGGAGGGAGGGAGGGGUUCAUCCAUCCAUCCAUCCAUCCACUUCAUUAUUGAGGGUGUCUGGCCACACACUGUUUGUUGGGCCGUCCCGUCCUGUCACAGACAUACGUAUAUACACACACCUGUAUACCUAGCCUGUAUACCUAGCCACGCAUACACACAUACACACAUACAUACAUACACACAUGCGUACACACAUACAUACGUACAUAUAUAUGUGGAUCGAUCGCGGUGAGGGAUGAUCGCACAAAAAAUAUACACAGGCAGGCAUUUCUUUCAUUCAGGCGAGCAGGCAGGCAGGGCGCGGUGCGGUCGGCGGCCUCACUAGGGCGAGCAAGUGUAUGUAUGUAUUGUUGGAUUGUCAGUCAUUACAUGCAGCCAGUCCAUGCGGUCGGGCAAGCCAAGCAUGCAGAACUUCGACAACAUACCUGCGGCACACCAACAUGUAAUCCAUCGCAUGUAGCCAUGCAUGCUAUUGACCCCACUCACUUCACUCACUCCCCAGCUCGCAUUAAUGGCACUUUCCAGGCGCCGACCGACAGACCAACCGACCCGCACCGCAAAAAGACGUCGACACUCCAAAAGCCCCAUCCAUCCAUCCAUCGAUCGAUCAUCACUGUCUCUUUCUCCUUCGCUCAGCCUCCUUUUCCCGCACUUUGUACAGGCCCGCGUAGCGUCCCAGCAUCACAUAUGUCGCCAUGGGAUUCAUGCGAGUCACCUGCAUGUGUGAAUCAUUCACAGCGCAUGAGACACACACACACAUGUGUGUCGUGUGUGGGUGGCCUGACCAUGGGUACGACUGAUGCGUCGACGAUUGAGAGGUCAUCGAUCCCACAGACACGGAAGUCAUUGCCCACCACCUUGCCCAUUGCCGCAGACCUGCACACACAUACACAUAUACACACAGCGAGACAUGCCUGCAGGAGCCCGGAUCGGCACCCCCUCUGAUUUCACCUACCCUGUCCAGUGCCAUAUAGAGCUGCCGUGUGACCGCACGUAAUUACCCAACGACUCAGGGUCCUGGAGAUCUGAUGUGCACCCAGCCACCCAGCAAUCCAGUGUCUUGCGUCCUAAUGCAUGGAUGCACGUAUCUUAUCCUUGCAGUGGGUAAGUACCCUUGGGCAGUGGGGGAAAGAGUGCAUACUCUUUGGCUGCCUCGAGCUGGUCCGAGGCGCUCAGUAUCUCCGCCUGGUCGCAGUUUACACCGGGGGUCUCGGCACCGCCCAGGAAACAAGACGACGUGUAGUUGGUGCCACGCCGCGACCUCGCCCUCUGACGGAGCUCCGCAUCCUCCGUCACGGCCUUUAUCUCCUCCUUGAGCCACUGCACGACCUCCGAAUCGUCCUCACGGGGGUUCAGCCGAUGCCGCCGCCUCUCCAUGUCCACGGCGUCGUCAUAGCCACCAAUGCCACCCCCAAGCUCCUCCUGCAAAAGACGGAGGGCAGUGGCGUUGAGGUCCGUGCUCGCAUCCUGCUGCGCCGCCAUGGUGGCGUUGAAGGCCUGGGUGAGGGUGUCGUUGUAAUUGGGCGGCGUGGUCUUUUCUGGCCGGAUGAGCCGCAGGAAGGCGUCGAUGGAGGGAAGCGGCGGGAACUCGAUCUGGCGACGGAUGGUCUCAAUGGCCUAUAUAUGUGCGACAUGGCACACAAUGGGCAUGUCGGGUGAGGGUGUAUGUUUGCUCACGUAUUGGCUAUUACCUCGAAAAUAGGGUUUUGUUUAGGCAGCAGCCUCUGUCCCACGAUAGCGAGGUCCAGCACACCGUUGAGCACGAUCAGGGGACAGGACAGCGGCGACUUUUUCUGAAAAAUCCCUUCAAACUCGCCAGUACCAAUCGCCUGCAAACGCAUCGAAGCACAAAAUGAGACAUGUCAUGCGCAGAUGCGAUGUAGGGUCUGCCCAUGAAUGUACCCUGAGGACUCGUUGCAGGCCGUAGACUGCGUCGCGCAGGUCCUUGCCCUCCGGAUCACCGUAGUAGUUGGCGGAGACAAUGGGAUCGCCUAAACCGCGCAACAGCACAUGGACAUGCCGGCCUGUCCUCGCACACUGUUUGUGUGCACUGCAUGCUUACCCUUCUUGUUGAUGGUGACUGACCCCCGUGACCUGGGCACCGAGUUGAAGGUAAACAGGGCAGCGACGCUCCUGAGGCACUGGAUGAGUGGCUUGAACGGGAUGCACACGAUGUCGUUGAGGUUGGCCGAACACGUAGACAGAAUGGUCACCAACCAAUCCACCUCACUGACACCCACACACACAUGCAUAGCAUACAUGACUCACGCGCACGCGAACGAUCAGUGAGUGCGGUGGUUGGUUGGUUGUCUCACGGCGUGGAUCUGUAGUGGGGAGGAAGUACGAAUCGCGUGGCGUACAGGACGCCCUCGGCGAUCUGUGCGCCUGAGAGCUCCUCCGUCGGCACGUACGCACACGUCGGGUUGGCCAUCAUCUCCGACAGACUACGAAGACACACACGCAUCCGUGUGUCAGAUGUCUGUUCCGUCCUCUCACUCACUCACUCACUCACUCACCCGAAUCCUUUACAGCCCGUCCCCUCCUGCAGCAGCCCCGCCACCUGGACGAGCGUGGCGUUGUAUCCCUGAUCCGGCAUCUGUUUCGGCUCGAAGAACGCGUCCACCGGCACAAAAUUCCGAUCCAUCAGAUUCUUGCCCAGAUCGGGGACCUCCUUAACCAUCUUCAGCUUCCGCACAUCCUCAACAAUUUCCCGCGGACCCACGCCAUUGUUCAUCAGCAGAGCGGGCGUGUAGAUGGCCCCCGCUGAGAGGAUCACCUCGCCGCCCUUUUUGAUGCACGCCUUCCGCAGAGUGACAGGCUUUGUGGGCUUCCUUUCUUGGCCAAACAGUUCUGCCGUGAUGUUGACCUCCUCUCGUCGUGACGAAGAGGGAAACAUGUCAAAGAAUCCCUCGACGGUUUCAAAGAGGGAGUUGGCGAGACUGUCCACCCUCUCCAGAGACUCAGGCGACGGGGCGUAGCCGACACACUCGAUCCGUGGGUUGCCGGUUUGCUCAUCCGUGACGAAAUGCAGCUUGUGCACGGUGGUGCGUUUAAUCGUCUUCAGGGUCUGCUGCUCCUGUUGUCGCAUCCGUAGGAUCUCGUCUGUGGCCCGCCGCGGCCUCAUGGGUGAGAGAUCCUUCUCAAAACGUUGUUCGAAGAGGGAGAAGGCGUUCCAUGAGCCCUGGCUCAGCUCAAAAGACUCGCCAUGGUAAGGCUCCCAGCCGACUUUUGCCGUGGCGCGCUGCCAGGCGCUGCCGUAGGGCUCUGAGAAGGGCAUCGGGUGGCCGAGCUGUUCGCGGACCCACGUGUAAGACUGCAAUGUCAGCCAACACACAUGAGUGUGGUGUCAUUCAUCUGCUGACGCGAGACAUGUUUGCUCACCUCGUUGACCAUGGCCGGGUCGAAGUCAGCUCCGUACUCUUCGCGGAUAAAGUCGAAGUAGUCGUUUUUCUCCUGGAUCCAGAUGGCCAGGUUGACGGCCGUGCCCCCACUCAUGACGUUGCCGAUAUGCGACCUGACGCCCUCGAGCGUGAGCAGGUCCUGCGUCAGGUCCUUGUUGAGCAAACCCAGACCAGUGCCACCGAUGGUCAGCCCCUCUGGGCUGUCCGACCUGUCCCCGCCCCGUUCGAUCAGCAGCACCUUGGCGCCCGAUUCCGCCAGGGUCUGAGAGAGGGGAAUGCCUGCAGCACCGGCACCGACCACGAUGUAGUCGAAAAGGUCAUCCUCAGCGGGAAACCACGCCUGCAGGGGCGUGAUCGACAUGAACAGAUGGACCAAGAGAAGAAGGCCUUUGUGUGCCCGCGUGCGGUGUGUGCGUACCUUUUGCUCUGAGCGACUCCGCCCUCUUUCGUUGCCUCCCCUGUCGGGCAGCCCACAUGUGCCCUUGAUCAUCACGAGGAGGAUCACGAUGAAGACCCUCCCAACAGCCCAUCGGCACCAUCCCCUCUGCCGCCUGUGCCUUCCGCUCGUCUGGAGGAGGGGCAACAGACCAGCACGUGGGUCAGAGGGCAUCGUAGGGAGGGGAUGCGUGCCGCGGCUGGAGUUGUGGGUCAAUGGAUGAGGGGGGUCUGAAGGGACCGCACUCACCUGCCUUCUCACAGAGCCGUCACUAGGCAUCUCGUGAGUCACCACCGACGUCGUCGAGUCCUUCC